AUGCCUGUCGCCGGCCGCUGCCUCUUGCUGCUGCUCCUGUCUGCCUGUGUGGCUCUGUUGCUGCAGCCACCGCUGGGUGCCCGGGGGGCCCCGCUGGAGCCAGUGUAUCCGGGGGACAAUGCCACGCCGGAGCAGAUGGCCCAGUACGCGGCUGAACUCCGCAGAUACAUCAACAUGCUGACCCGGCCCAGGUACGGGAAAAGGGACCGAGAAGAAACACUGGACAUCUUGGAGUGGGGCUCCCCCCAUGCAGCUGCCGCCAGGCCCUCCGAUGGCCACCAGCCCCCAGACGGGAGUAGUGCCACCCUCACCCCCAGCUUCUCACAGGCCCUGGCUGCGCUCCUCCCUGUUGCCCUGCUCUGGUCAUUGCCAGAUGGGCUGAGGAGGACCCGCAGGAAGAAGCAGGACAUUUUACCCUGA